AUGGAAGGCAUCAUCGAAGGAUCCACCACAGCCACAGGCACACAAGGCACAACAAGCAAUGGCAGCGGAAGCGGAAGCGGUGGUCGCGUCAAGGACCCCGUGCAUGAAGCGAACCUAGAGCGAACAAUUCGCGAACUCAAGCGAAUGACGGCAGAUGCCGAGGCGACUUUGAACGAGCUAAAACUCAACAUCGCCCAAACCGGCUCACCACCUCCUCUAACCCCCCUCUCCUCUCUCCACCUCCUAACCCGCGCCUACACCUCCCUCUCCGAAUCCGACCCAACCCCGCUGCUCCCCUUCCCCGACUCCGUCUUGCCCGCUCUCCUCACCCUCCGCAAAACCUCUCAAACCAUCGCCCAAACCAACUCCCACCUCUCCUCCUCCUCCUUAUUGCUCGACCAACAAAAACGGCAGCUGGAAGACCUCAAAAUCGAAGUCCGCGAGCAAAAUGAGCUGCAACAAGCUCUUCAAGCACGCGUAGAGCUGCUGAGGAAAGGGAUGGAAGCUAGGAAGGAGAUGAGUCUCGAAGAGGCGGCUAGGGAAGAGCUGCAGAAAAUGGAGGGGGAGAGGAAGAAAUAUGAUGAGGAGACGAAAAAGUUGGUUAGAGAACUGAAUUGGUUUAUUGAGGAGUAUCUGGGUCCGUUGUUGGCGGCGGAGGAGAUGGGUGGCCCGGUGGUGGGGGAGAUGAUGGAUUUAGAUGCUGAGGAUCUUGAGGCGGGAUUUAAUGCUAGGGGGAAGUUGAAGAAGGGUAGGGCGAAGAAGACCGAUGGAAACGAGGAAGGGGAUAAAAAGCAGAGGAGGAUUGAUGAAAUUUGGGGCGGGGCCCGGGAAGAUCCAGAGGAGGGAAGGGAGAGGAACGGCGGCAAGAGAAAGAGGGAAGGGGAUGAAGCGAGUGCUGCAGGAGCGGAGAUGAGAACUCUGAUUGAGAAACUUAUGAAUAAGAGUAUGGAUGCCGGAGGAGAUAGCUCGGCGGCAUAUGUCAGGAUUGAGAAGGAGACGGCGGCGGCGAGGUUUUUGGUCAGGAGCAAGGUGGCUGUUUUUCAUCCGAGGGAUGCUACGAGGUUGAGGUUGGUGGAUUUUGGGAGGGAGUUGGAUGAUUAG